CUACUUUCCCUAUAAAUACCCGCCUUGCCAUGUCCAUACCCUCAUCAAAGGCAAAGAUCUCCAAAUUCCAAGUUUCGAAUCUCUUUGCCUUUGUAAGUUCGCGGAAAGAUGGCUUGUUUCACUAGAUUUGCUGCACUUCUUUCAUUCCUCGCUCUUGUUCCUCUGUGUUUGUCUGCCAAGACCAUGGGAGGGUACCUCUAUCCUCAGUUCUACGACCACUCGUGCCCAAGGGUCCAGGAGAUCGUUAAGUCAGUUGUGGCCAAGGCUGUGGCCAGAGAAGCUCGCACGGCCGCUUCCCUGCUGAGGCUGCAUUUCCAUGACUGUUUUGUCAAGGGAUGUGAUGCAUCGCUGCUGCUGGACAGCACUGGGAGCAUCGUGAGUGAGAAGAUGUCGAACCCCAACAGGAACUCAGCUCGAAGGUUCGAGGUGCUCGACGAGAUAAAGUCCGCGCUGGAGAAGGAAUGCCCCCACACGGUCUCAUGUGCAGACAUCCUUGCUCUUGCUGCUAGAGACUCCACUGUCCUUACUGGUGGACCAAGUUGGGAGGUGCCUUUGGGAAGGAGGGAUUCAAGAGAAGCAAGCUUGAGUGGGUCCAACAACAACAUUCCUGCCCCAAACAACACCUUCCAAACUAUCCUCACCAAGUUCAAGCUACAAGGGCUCGAUAUCGUUGAUCUCGUCGCCUUGUCAGGGAGCCACACUAUCGGAAACUCAAGGUGCACAAGCUUCAGGCAGAGGCUGUACAACCAGACCGGAAAUGGGAAGCCAGACUUCACCCUGGACCAGUCCUAUGCUGCCCAGCUCCGCGGCCGCUGCCCAAGGUCUGGGGGAGACCAGAACCUCUUUUUUCUUGACUUUGUUAGCCCAGUCCAUUUCGACAACAGCUACUUCAAGAACCUCCUGGCCUACAAGGGCCUGCUGAAUUCGGACCAGAUCCUGGUGACCCAAAACCAGGCCUCGAUGGAGCUCGUGAAGAAGUAUGCCGAGAACAACGAGCUCUUCUUCGAGCAGUUUGCCAAGUCAAUGGUGAAAAUGGGGAAUGUUUCUCCACUGACAGGGUCGAGAGGCGAGAUUCGGAAGAACUGCAGGAAGAUCAAUUCCCACUAGGAUCCAUGAUCGAUGACGAAGCUAUUCGAUAUCGUCCUUCACUAUUGUGUGGUCGUGCAAUCUUUUUGUUCCAUUGAACCGAGCAUUUUCUUUGAAUAAGGAUUGCGAUCUGAGUAAUAAUUUAUACGAUAUAUGAUCAGUUUGAAUUUACAUCUGGCAGGUUAAGGGAAAACUUCAAUGAAAGUACUGCAAAUUUGCUGCUCAUCAAGUUCUAUAUAUUUCAUUUUGACUACGAGGAGGAAGGGGACUUAGUACAGUGGCAUAAAAAUCUAUAAUUUCUUCUUUCGUUCUUUUCGGUAGAUUGUUUCUUCAUUCAUUGACGAGGAGCAUUGGUUCAUGCGCAUUUCAUCCCCAUUUAAGCUCUUUAGAAUCAUAAGAUUUCAGCUUUGAUUUUUAUUA